AAACAAAUAAAAACAUUUAACAUUUAAAUUCAUUUAAAUUUCCAAAAAAUUCUUGAGAAUUGGUUAAAAAUAUAUUGGAAAUUUCAUUCCGCCAAAAUAAUUAUGAUUAAUACUCGGCGACUUUAUACAUUAGAGGAAGAUAAUUUGAUACUGGAAUGGAUAGUAAAAACAAAACUUUUCUAUACUUUGAGAGGUAAAAAUUUUUGGAUGGAUCUCUCCCGUUCUAACUUAUUUGAAGGUAGAAGUUGGCAAAGUCUCCAAAAUCGAUUUGAGAAAAAGGUUUUUCCAGAUAUUACGAAUCCUAAAUAUACAAUAUCUGAUUUGGAUAAAGCUAAGAUUAUCUUAGCUUGGCAACAAACUGCAGAUAAUUAUGAUAGUAAUGAGAGCAACAUGGAUGAGAUUACUGAUGUAGAACAAAACGAUGAAGAUACCGAUACAGAUGCCGAAAAAGAUAUAAAUUGUGAAACAUCAUCUGAUUCUGAAAAUGACCACGUAACUAGUUCUGUACGUAGUUCUUAAUAUAAACACAUAUUCUAAAAUUAAUUAAGGUUAAAUAAUAUUAUUUUGAUGUAUAAAAAAAAGACUGUUAAUCAUUUCAUAUCUUCAAGAAUAUAAUAUUUAUUGUAAAUUUGUAUUAAAGAGUAAUAUCUAAUA